AGUUACGGCAAACCAAGCUCUGCUCAAUGGCGAAGCCAUACAGCUCCAUCUCACAACUCCUCCGUCCCAUCUCCACUGACCUCAACACCAGAAGUCUUUGCCCCAGCACUCGAUUCGCCAUUCGCUCCGACUUCCAUAGAGGAGCUUCUCUAGCAUCUGCAGCUGCUGCUUCCCGUGGAAACGAAGCUCGCCAGCAGCACUCGAGGAAUAGGGACGCGCAGGCGGCGCCGCGAGCACCACGGCGAUUGAUCACCAUCUCGACGUCGGGUGGGAGGUGGCAGGGGCAGUGGAGCUGCGAGUACAUGUUCACGCUCAGAGAGCUUCAGCUGGCGGACAUUGCAGAAGAGGGGCACGACGACGCGGACGUCUUUGUUAGGCUUACCAUUCAAAAGCAUGCGAGCUUUGGCUUCUCCAUUGUUGGAAGAAUUAUGACAUCCUUCAACAGAAAAUGCAGUUGCUGCUUGACAUCCUAUUGCAGAGAGAUCGAUACCACAUUUGAUGUUUGGGUACUACCUUCAAGCAAGAACGGCAAGUUUGAACUUCCUGAAAUUGGUGGAAACGAUCCUUCGGUGAUAUAUGUGAAACCUGGCUCGGAAGCUGAUCUUGAUUCAAUAAUCCAAGAUACCAUACGUUUGACAGCCUCGGCAAAGGACACCUGCUCAGAAUCAUGUGCGAAGACUACAAUCAUAUGGCAAUCUACUGAUGAGAAGAAGGAGUAUGACCGAAGGUGGCAUAGGCUUCUCGAAAUAAGGGAUGCAAUGUAGAGCAUGCUCAAGUUUAUCAGUCUACAGGUGGUUUGUUAAUACAAAGAAUAGAUGGUUUUCUUCAAGAUAAUACGAUAGAUGAAUUGUGAGAACGUUAGCAUUUUUAAUCAGCAGAGUUCAGAAUGA